CAAGCAUUAUCCGCCUAAACUUAUUGUUGGCUUGCUUGUGAAAUCAUUGCAAGAAUCAGUUCUAGACGCACUUCACUGGUUUCCUUCACCGAGAAUCUUUUGCUUAAUUUGCAAGCCUGACAAAGAGGGGUGCCAUGAAAGGAUAUCUCUUUGCUACAUGGGCCUGCUUGACGAUCUCUUCAAAUGCUUCUACUGAAGCCUUUGCCCAUCGAGGGCCCCGAGCCCCUUGUGGACUGCACGCUUCCAAGUUAAAGACGAUGGACUCUGGUAAACUUGUCGAUGUACCUACCGAACCAAUUUUGGGGAUGAGGCCUGGAACGUCGGGCUUGCGCAAGAAAGUAGAGGUUUGGCAAGGCAAAUCUGAAUCCAACAAGCAUUACGUCGAAAACUUCAUUCAGAGCCUUCUUGAUACAGCUGCCAACGAAAAUGAGGGUUGUGUACCAGAUACUAUUCUCGUCGCAGGGGAUGGAAGGUACUUUAAUUCAGAAGCAAUCCAGAUCAUCUGUCGUGUGUUGGCUGCCAAUGGUGUUCGUCGAAUUUGGGUGCCUUCGAAAGGUAUUAUGUCGACGCCAGCCGUGUCGGCAGCCAUACGAAACCGCGAAGGUGGAAAGUGCGAGGGGGGUAUCAUUUUGACGGCCAGCCAUAAUCCCGGAGGCCCUGGGGAAGACUUUGGGAUAAAGUACAAUCUUGGCUAUGGACAACCCGCCGGAGACGAUUUCACCGAUAAGAUCUAUGAGCGGACUUUAAAGAUUAAUUCAUUCAAGACGCUGGAAGGUGUUGACGAUGUUGACAUCAAUGCCCUGCCUGGAAUGGUCCAUGAAUUGACUGAAGUGUCGUCUGUUGUCAUUAUUGAUCCUUUCACCGAGUAUGUGACUGUAUUAAAACAGUGCUUUGAUUUUAGCGCAUUGAGGGAAUUUUGCCAACGCCCAGAUUUUACGAUGCUGUUUGACGGCAUGCAUGGAGCAGGGGGUCCUUUUGCUCGUCGUAUUCUCGUUGAAGAGCUUGGUCUUCCUGAAAGUUCAUUGAUGCGUUGCAAUCCUCUUCCUGAUUUCGGCGGGGGCCAUCCGGAUCCUAACUUGACGUAUGCAGCAGAUUUGAUCAAAAGGAUGGGUCUGCUGUCAGACGGGAGCGAAAAUUCUUCAAUGGCUAUUUCAGAUCUUCCAACCUUAGGCGUGGCCAACGAUGGCGAUGGAGACCGGAAUCUGAUCGCUGGGGCUGGGUGCUUUGUCACACCGUCGGACAGCCUGGCAGUGAUUUGCGACAACUGGGAAUCAAUCCCUCAUUUCUCCAAAGCGGGCGGCCCACGUGGUGUUGCUCGGUCAAUGCCGAGUUCAGCUGCUCUGGAUGUAGUUGCGAAAGCACGCGGUAUUCCGUGUUUUUGCACCCCUACAGGAUGGAAAUUCUUUGGCAAUUUGAUGGGCUCUAAAGAGCUUUUCGGAAAGGCAGAUUACACUCCUUUUCUUUGCGGAGAAGAGUCUUUCGGUACUGGUAGCGAUCAUAUUCGUGAGAAAGAUGGACUAUGGGCAGCGUUGGCAUGGUUGUCCAUUUUGAUGAAGUCCAACGAUACCACUUCAGGUAGCCCUCUAGUGAGUGUGUCUGACAUCAUAAAGAAUCACUGGAAGAAAUACGGGCGCAACUUUUACUGUCGAUACGACUAUGAAGGGGUUGCUAGCGAGGAUGCCGACAAGCUUAUGGAAUACAUUCGAACAGAAUUUGUCCACAAAGGCACAUCCACAACGGCGGACGAAACAGAAAUUAAGCUGAUUAAGGCGGAAGAGUUUACGUACACCGAUCCAGUCGACGGGUCCAGUGUGUCGGGCCAGGGCCUUAUCUUGUCCUUUCAGUUCUCCGACGGAGACCCCGCCCGGGUAGUUUUCCGGUUAAGCGGUACCGGUUCCACUGGCGCAACUAUCCGCGUGUAUUUGGAGAAGUUCGAAAAGGACUCUGCAAAGCACCACGUGGCCUCUCCUGUUGCACUUAAAAACUUGGCAACACUAGCACUUAGAUUGGUUCGUAUAGAGGAGCUCACUGGGCGCCAUGCUCCCACAGUCAUUACUUAAGGUGAUGCGAAUUUGCCGAAAGUGGAUUAUUGUAUCGCCUUUUAUGCUCUCUGUGUACCAGUUUUCCUUUCUGUGCUGCUUUCCUGUAGCUGUCCGCAGCGGCACGAACCGUCCGCAAAAGGGAAUGUUUUAUCAAUAGGAGUAUUACUUCCCCACUGGAACUCCAAGCGUGCUAUUGUGCUAUUUUUGCCAGCGAACGCGAGCAGAGAGCAAAAUAUACUGCUGCUAAGAUUAGUUGCCUAGC